AUGACUCCGCACAAUAAAUUUCUUACUGGUGGUGGUGAUAUCCCUGCUCCCCAAGACACGUCGCCUUCAGCCCAUGGUCGGUCUUCUUCAUUUGAUCGCUCUCUGCUGAGUCCAAUUAGAGUUUCAAGUCCAGUGGGUUGCGGAGGAGUGUCAAAAAAUUCGGAUCAGCCUUCACGUAAAGUGCGUUCGCCUGAUCUUGUUGAAGAUUCGGAUGAAAGCUCGCCUGUCACGAGGCUUACGCGGAAACGUCAGCAUAACCCUGUGUCAAACAUGCCGCAACGUCUCUAUACAUAUACCUAA